AACUUGUAUGUUGUUAAAAUUCCUUUAAUCCAAUACUUAUUUUCUGUAUGGGGGUGAUAGAUUUGUGUGCGUAGAGUUAUGAAUAAAAAGCUGUACGAAUAAUAAUUAAACAAUAUUGUUUAACUAUAAUAAAAUAAAUGACUAUACAUUAUAUUAACUUCAUAUACAGUAACUACAAACAUAAUUGAAAAUUAUCUUGAAAUGGUUAAUUCAAUUAAAAAAAUUCAUUAAUCAAGUUACAUAUUUAAUUUAUUCUAAUAUUAUGAAUAGUAAAAAUACUAUUAAUAGAAUUAAAUACAUUUUUUUUAGUUUCUAAAUUUCAUGAAUUUUAUAGAAGUUAUAAUUUGAUUUCUGACCUAAAAUUAUGGCUUCUAUUUCUUCAAAAUUAUAUGAACCACUUUCUGAUAAUUUAGAACUGUAUGAUAUCAACUUAUUGCCUUUAACAAUUCAGAAAUAUUUUAGUAUAAGUUCUAAUAAAGCUCAAUGUAAGAUGUGCCAUGUUAUGUGUAUACCUUCAAUAAAUCAAGUAUUUUUUCAUUUAUCGAAAUGUAAUGGUGAAUUAAUUGGAGAAGAAAAUAUUUCUGGUUUCAAAAUUUUCAAGUGUUUAUCAUGCAUUUUUAAAACUAAACAUAUUAUUAAAUGGAAGCUACAUUUUAUAACACCAGAGCAUUACAAAAAGUCUAGUUCUUCAAUAAGCUAUUCUUAUAACUGUGAUUCAUGCAAAACAUUUCUAUUCGGUUCAACUGUUUCUAUUCUGCAACACAAUUGCAGACCUAUAAAACUUUCAAUUUUAUCAUUACUAAUGGCUGAUGUUUUCAAAGACUUUCACUCACAACAGUAUUUUAGAAGUUAUAGUACAGAUUGUUCAUUAAACAAAGUAGAUUUGAAUUAUUAUUCUAAUACUAAAGAAAAUGAACAUAUUUAUAAAAAUAGUAAAAUAAUCAAAAAUGAAUCAUGCAGUACAUGCAAUAUUUGUCAAAUAACAUUUUAUGAGCCAAAUAAAGGAUUGUAUUUUGCACACACAGCUUCAUACGAACAUAUAAUGCUUUGGUACAUUCGAGGUAAUAGAUCUAUUAACCAAAAUACUUCAUUAAAAAUGUUUACUAAUUAUAUAUCAAAGUAUUUUGAAAAAAGCAUACUUUUAAAACAAGCUCAAUGCAUAAUUUGUCAUAAAAUAAUGUACAAGAAGAAUAAAAAUAUGCUUAAGCAUCAUAAAAAUUGUAUUGCUUCUAAAGAAGUUUCAUUUGAUAAUAAUUUAGAAUUAAUUCUAUGUGAGGUGUGUAAGUUUUCUUUUAAAAAUGAACAGAAUAAUACUAAUAAUCAAAUAGUUAAUGAUGUGUGGAUAAAACAUGUAACAAGUUUUAAUCAUUUAAAAAAUACAAUCGUCUAUAAAAUUAUGAAAAAAGAACAAUUAAUAUACUCCUAUUACUGUAAGAUUAAUAAAUUUGUUCUCUAUGGCACAGAAAGUUUCAUCAAUAACCAUGUACAGAAAGGAUGUUUUGGAUUUUUAUCUAAAGUCAUGAGAUUAAUUUAUUUAAAACAUAAUAAUAAUAAUUACAAUCAAAAGAUUUUUUACUGUGGAAUUUGUCUAAAUGAUAAAACUCUUGAUUGUGAACAUGGAACAUGUGAUCUAACCUAUUACUGCUCUACUUGUUUAAUACAAUUUAAAACAAAAUCUGAUUAUAGUGACCAUAAUUAUUAUAGUGAACAUAUUAUACUAAAAUAUUACAAACCAAAUAUAACAACAGAUAUUAAAUUAAUGGAAAAUUCUGUUGGGCUUUUAAAUCUAUCUAAAAGAAGAACAUCUGAUAUAAAUCAUAUAAAAUGCUCAGCAUCGCUCAGUACCUUAAAAGAUAAUACUACACAAACGAAUCAAGUAUUUAAUGAAAUUGAAACUGCCUUAAGUAAUCAGAUAAUUGACAAUAAUAACUUAGUACAUUGUGAAACACAACCAAGAACUAGUAAUAUUGCAAAUGAACUAAUUAAUAGACUUUCUAAAGAGCAAUUUAAAUCUAGUUUAAACAAUUUCUUAAGAUCAAAUUUAGAAUCCUUUAAUUCAAUUUCACUUGAUACAAAUAUUUUUAAUUUGUCUAAAUGCUUUUAUUGUGCUACAUGUGAUAUUAUAUUGAAAGAUGAAAUUAGUUGGAUUAAACAUGACACUUCUAAGCAUUGUAAAACAAAAAACCCAAUUAUAUUUUAUUGUUCAGUUUGUCAUAUAUAUCAAAUAAGUAAGUCUGUAAGUUUAAAAACUCAUUUAGAGACAACAGAACAUAAAGUCAUGAUAGAUUUUAUGGAAUAUUUAAAAAAAGAGCAAGCCAAAUUCAAAUUAAAUGGCAAUCCCAAACUUCCUGAUAGAAAAGACUUUACUCAAGCACAACAUAUUGAGGUUAUUGAUACUAAUAUCAAACCCAAGAAGUAUAUGGAAAAUAGAAAUAUUUAUCUAGAAGUUAUGAGUAACAAUGGUAGAUUCAAAGGUAAUGAUAACUUAGUUUUAAAAAAAGCAAUAAAUGAUAAUUAUGGUGAUUUUAAAGAGAUAUCAAAUAAGAAGAAUUCUUUUAUAAUACUUUUAAAUAAUUUAGACCAUGUAGAAUCAGUUUUAAAAGAUCAAAAUCAAUUAGAAAAACAUUUUAAUAUAAAAAUACAAACUUUCCAGCCAAAUACAGAAAACAAAUUAUCACUUGAAACUAAACAAUCAUUUUCUGAUUGGGGAAAACUAUGUAUAUUAAUAUGUAAUUUGCUGGAUUCUAUGGAAAAGACAAAAUAUGAUUUAACUGAAAUUGAGAAAUUAAAUAAGAUAUGUGCUUCAGUUCGUAAAAUUGGAGUUAAUUUAUUUCCUGACUUCAUUGAACUUUAUGUAUUUGGAUCACGUAUCUAUGGUCUAGCUAUGGAAAAUAGUGAUGUUGAUUUAUUUUUAGAUAUUGGUAAUACAUUUAAUGGAAGCAUAUCGGAGGAUUGUGAUAAACAAGUAUUUUUUGUUGAAAAAUUUGCCAAUGAGCUAACAAAAUAUAAAACAGUUUUCAAAAAUAUUGAAAAAAUUUGUGAUGCUCGUGUUCCUAUUGUAAAAUUUUAUCAUAUUCCAACUAAAUUAAAUUGUGAUAUAUCAUUUAAAAGUGGUUUAAGUACUCAUAAUACAAAACUUAUUGAUUGCUAUUUGUCUAUUCACAAAAAUGUUCGAUGGAUUGUAUGUUUAAUUGUUAAACAUUGGGCUGUACAAAACAACUUAAAACAUCAAAAACAAUUUACAAAUUAUGCACUUGUGUGGCUAGUACUAUUUUAUUUAAUGACAGUGAAUUUAGUUCCACCUUUAAUAGAAUUAAUGACAAUGGUUUCAAAAAAGAAGAGAGUCAUUAUUGAAGGAUGGGAUUGCUCAUUCAAUAGUUCGCAAAAAACAUUUCAAAUGGGAAGCUUCUCAAAAUAUAGUCUUUUGUAUGGUUUUUUUCUAUACUACAGUGAUGAAAAAAAACUAAAAUCACAAGUAUUGUGCACUUUAACUGGGAAAUGUAUGAACAAAAAGCAAUUUUUUUCAAAAUUCAUAAGACUACCAGAAAUAAAUUAUGUACAACGCACAAAGUUAAACUCUUUCAAUAAUAAAAUUACCAUUAGUUUUAAUAAAUCUAUGGGUUUAGCAAUACAAGACCCAUUUGAUUUAUCAUUCAAUAUAACUAAAAAUAUUAAUUGUGAUAAAUUAACACAUUUUUGUGAUUUAUGUUAUGAAACUAUUCAAAUUAUGGAUAGUAUGGAUGGCUUAGAUUAUAAAUAAUUAAAAUGUUAAUCAAUUAUUUCUUUGUUUUAUAUUAGUUUCUUAAUUAUUCAAAAUUGUUAUGUAGUUUUCAUUAUCUAAUAGAGACAGAAUUAUUUUUUUUGUCCAUAAAUAAGUUUUGAGAUUAUUUAAAUAUAUAUUUUAAUUUUUAUAUUAUUACCAAAUACUUAAAAAAUAAUUGUUGAACUCAAUAUAUUAUUGUAUAAUUUAUUAAUUAUUUUAUUGAAUAAGGGUUAUUAAAAAGUUUACACAUUUUUUUAGAUUUUAUUAUUUUUUUAUUGUAUGAUUGCAUACUUAAUAUAUGUUUUACUUAAUGGAAAAUAUAUUUACCUGUUGAAACU